AUGCCUAAUGAAUAUCAUUCUGCAGUAUUUAACCAAUUGUUCGAACAACAACGAAAUGAACGAGAUGCGUACAAAGCUGUGGAUCAACAAAUCAUGUUGAUAAGAGAUGAUGCAGCAGAUAAAGUAGAUGAAAAUGAAGAAACCCAAGAACAAGUAGACGAAAAUGACGAAGAACAAGAACAAGAACAAGCAGCUAAUGUUGUACGAGUACGUAUUAAAAAAAACAAUUUGAUUCUUCUGUGA